AUGACAUCACCCACCACACCAUCCCCCAUCACACCAUCCCCCAUUACACCAUCCCCAUCACACCAUCCCCCAUCGCACCAUCCCCAUCACACAAUCCCCCAUCACACCAUCCCCCAUCACACCAUCCCCUAUCACACCAUCCCCAUCACACCAUCCCCUAUCACACCAUCCCCCAUUACACCAUCCCCAUCACACCAUCCCCCAUCACACCAUCCCCCAUCGCACCAUCCCCAUCACACAAUCCCCCAUCACACCAUCCCCCAUUACACCAUCCCCUAUCACACCAUCCCCAUCACACCAUCCCCUAUCACACCAUCCCCCAUUACACCAUCCCCAUCACACCAUCCCCCAUCGCACCAUCCCCAUCACACAAUCCCCCAUCACACCAUCCCCCAUUACACCAUCCCCUAUCACACCAUCCCCCAUCACACCAUCCCCCAUCACACCAUCCCAAGUCCUAUAACACCAUCCCCAUAA